AUGGGAUCCAGGGAACAAGUGGAUGCUCCGAGGAUUCCUUCCUUGUCAACACUCUCUGCUGAGAUAGAGGAGGGCAGUUCAGUUACUCUGACCUGUAGCAGUGAUGCUAACCCAGCAGCUAACUACAUCUGGUACAAGGAGGAUGAAGACUCUCCAAAAGCUUCAGGACAGAUCUUCACCAUCACUGACUUCAGAGCUGAACACAGUGGGAGUUAUUCCUGUGGAGCCCAGAACAAGUUAGGACGUAGCAACUCCACUUUACAUCUGAGUGUUGGAACAGGUAAGUUCUCCACAUUCACCAGACCUGAUUCACUUUGUAAUAUGAAACAACCCAAGCAUAUUCAAAAUGUCAGUGUUCAGGGAGGAACCUCCAUGGUGUCAGAGGUGGAUCACACUGACAAUGUGAUUUAUCAAUCUGUAGUUAGAAGUAUCACAUUUGUAUUUAUGUUUCUAGGGAGUUCAACAAUGAUAGUGAAUAUCAUCAGGACGACUCUGGGGGUCUUGAUACUGAUUCCUGUGUUUCUCCUGAGUCUGUGGAUGAGGAAGAAGAAAGCUCUGCGCUCCACCACUGAAGCACCUGAACCUGAAGAGAUAGAGUUGGACUCUGUUCCUGAGUAUGAGAACGACUCAGACACUGCAGUACAGACAGAAGACACAGAGGAGCAGGAAGACCUGGUGUGAAGUCCAGUCAGGUUAGAGCCUCCUGCAUCAGAUCAAACAGGCCCACUCCACAUUUAGAGUCACAGUUCCAGCUGUAACUUUACACAAAGUUUCUGUGAUUUUCUUCAGACGCUCACCUGAUGGAAACAAAGAAGAAGGACGUUGAAAUGUCCCUGUGGAGAGCGAGGCUGUGCAGGAU